AUGAUUUCGAAGAAUAUAGAAAAGCAGCUGGCAAGGCACCGAUACAGUAGCUGUUUUCUUUUCUUUUCUUUUCUUUCUUUUCUUUUCUUUUCUUUCUUUCUUCUUCUGGAAAAUGUUUCCUCUUCUUCUAAAAUCUUUCUUCUUUUCUUUCUUCUUCUAGAAAAGAUUCUUUUUCUUUAUUUUUCUCUGAAGCUGUUUUCUUUUCUUUCUUUCUUUAUUUCUUUCUUUCUUUCUUUUCUUUCUUUCUUUCUUUCUUUUCUUUCUUUCUUUCUUCUUCUGGAAAAUGAUUCCUCUUCUUCUAAAAUCUUUCUUUUUUUUUUCUUUCUUCUUCUAGAAGAGAUUCUUUUUCUUUAUUUUUCUCUGAAGCUGUUUUCUUUUCUUUCUUUCUUUCUUUCUUUCUUUCUUUCUUUCUUUUCUUUCUUCUUCUGGAAAAUAGACUCUUUUUCUUUAUUUUUCUCUGAAGCUGUUUUCUUUUCUUUCUUUCUUUCUUUCUUUCUUUUCUUUCUUUCUUUUCUUUCUUUCUUUCUUUCUUUUCUUUCUUUCUUUCUUCUUCUGGAAAAUGAUUCCUCUUCUUCUAAAAUCUUUCUUCUUUCCUUUCUUCUUCUAGAAGAGAUUCUCUUUCUUUAUAUGUCUCUGAAGCUGUUUUCUUUUCAGUCUUUCUUUCUCUCUUCUUCUUCUUCUUCUACUUCUGCAAAAUAUGUUUCCUCCACUUCUUCUAAAAUCUUACUUUUUUUUUCUUCUAAAAUCUGUUUCCGUUUCUUUCUUCUUGAAGUAAUCUUCCCUUUUUUAUCUUCUUCCGGAAGCCGUUUUCUCUUCCUUCUUCUUCUAAAAGCUUUCUGUUUUCUUCUUUCUUUUCUUCUUCUUCUUAGGAAAGAUGUCUUUGCUACUUAUUCUAACAGCUUUUAUGUCUCUUUCCUCUUCCGACUAAUCUGGUUUCCCGUCAAUCAAGAUGGGCGUGUUUGUCUGACUGUCAUCAUCUAUCUAUCUAUCUAUCUAUCUAUCUAUCUAUCUAUCUAUCGAUCGAUCGAUCGAUUGAUCUAUGCUAUCUAUCUAUCUAAACCAGUUCAUAUCAAUCUAUCUAAACUUGUUCAACUCUCUCCAUAUCUAUCCAUUUAUCUAAACCUGUUCAUAUCUAUCUGUUUCUCUCUCUUUAAUAUUUUUGUUUUAAUAUCUAUGUAUCUAUCUAAACCUGUUCAUAUCUAUCUAUCUAUCUAUCUACCAAAUCCUGUUCAAAUCUAUCUAUCUAUCUAUCUAUCUAUCUAUCUAUCUAUCUUUGCAGCUUAA